CUCGGCUCAAGCAGCAGCGCGGACGACUGAUGCUCGAGCCGAGGGCCCUGGCUCCGACGCCGAGUCCGACAUGACGGACAUAGAGGACGCGGUGCUUGCGGAGCUAGCACAAGACGUGGAGGAGGCUACUGGCGGUCAGCAGCAGCCCCAGCAGCCCGGCUUCCCGUCGCACCUGGUCAGAGGUGACACAGCCGCGCGGCAGGCCUACAAUGUGGCCUGCGCUGCCUCGAUCAUGGCUUCCUCAGCCGCGGCGGCCGCCGCUGCGCACGCCGUGCACCCGCUCACCGCCGGCUUCGAAGCCACGCUGUCCACGCCGCCCACGCAGCAAUAGGCGCACAGUCCGGCGAGGAUGAACACGGACGACCCUAUACCGAGCUGAGGGUGCGCUGGGGGGUGGAAGUGCGGGGCAGGAGGCAUGUAGAGCGUCAGUGCGGGAGUAAGCCCCGUUGUGU